UCUUCUCUUCUCUCUUCCACCCCCUCGCCUUUCUGGGGCUCUUAGUAUCUAACAUUCAACAUUCUCGAAGCCUCUCGGGAUGUAUCUGCCCUGAUCUCUUUCUUUCCAUCGCGCGCGGUUUUUUCUUGUUCUGCCGAGCUCUAGCUCCUCCUAUAUGCAGAGCCUCCGUCCCGUCCUGUGUUUCAUCAGCAAUCAUCCUUCCCUCGCAUCUCCUUUUCCCUCCUAUCCCCGUUUCAUCCUCGAUCCCUCCUUCUCGGCUCCCUAGUAUACUUGACUCUGCGGUCGGGAAUAAGCCCUCCAGCGUGACCACGGAAGGAAUAACCCCGUCGACGUGCUUUCCUCUUCCACGGUGACGACUGUCGAGCCUCCUUUUGCUCUUUUGAUACUUACGCUUGCGGGGCCGUGUCUGGGUCCUGCAGGCCCCCUGCCAGCUCGCAAGUCAUGGCUGGAAUCGCAAGUGCUUGUCUCUCCUGUCUGUCGACGGUCGAUCGCUGGUGCCAUAUCACCGCCUGUCUUGGUCCUAUCGGCGGUCGCUCGAGGGAAGGGAUCUACGAAACCACAUUGGCCGACAACGAGAGAGAGGCUGUCUCUGACCUCUUGAGCUACCUGGAGAACCGAGCUGAAACCGACUUCUUCUCUGGUGAACCUCUUCGAGCGUUGAGCACUCUCGUUUACUCUGACAAUAUCGACCUCCAACGAAGUGCGAGUCUUACAUUUGCUGAAAUUACGGAACGAGAUGUCCGUGAAGUCGAUCGGGAUACCCUGGAACCUAUUCUCUUCUUAUUACAAAGCUCCGAUAUCGAGGUACAACGAGCUGCGAGUGCAGCUCUUGGAAAUCUUGCUGUGAAUGCGGACAACAAGGUGUUGAUCGUUGCCCUCGGAGGGCUUGCUCCGCUAAUACGACAAAUGAUGUCGCCCAACGUUGAAGUUCAGUGCAAUGCGGUUGGCUGUAUUACGAACCUGGCCACCCACGAAGACAACAAGGCCAAGAUUGCCCGCUCGGGCGCUUUGGGCCCCCUCAUUCGCCUUGCCAAAUCCAAGGACAUGCGUGUGCAGCGCAACGCCACUGGGGCGCUUCUGAACAUGACACAUUCUGACGAUAACCGGCAACAACUCGUCAACGCCGGCGCGAUCCCCGUUUUAGUGCAGUUGCUUUCCUCCUCCGAUGUCGAUGUGCAAUACUACUGCACGACCGCCCUCAGCAACAUCGCCGUCGAUGCGUCGAACCGUAAGCGUCUUGCCCAGACCGAAUCGCGGUUGGUUCAGUCUCUGGUCCACCUCAUGGAUUCGUCCACCCCCAAGGUUCAAUGCCAAGCCGCUCUCGCCCUUCGUAACCUUGCGUCCGAUGAGAAAUAUCAGCUGGAGAUCGUCCGAGCUAAGGGCUUGCAGCCACUCCUGCGCCUACUACAAUCAUCCUACCUGCCGCUCAUUCUCUCUGCCGUCGCCUGCAUCCGGAAUAUCUCUAUCCACCCUCUCAAUGAAUCCCCUAUCAUCGAUGCCGGAUUCCUCAAGCCCUUGGUUGAUCUCCUGGGGUCAACCGACAAUGAAGAAAUCCAGUGCCAUGCCAUCUCUACCCUUCGAAAUCUCGCAGCCAGCUCCGACCGAAAUAAGGAGCUUGUUCUCCAAGCCGGUGCCGUGCAGAAAUGCAAGGAUCUGGUCCUCAGAGUUCCUAUCAGUGUUCAAUCAGAAAUGACUGCCGCCAUCGCUGUGUUGGCUUUGAGCGAUGACUUGAAACCUCAUCUUCUCAACCUAGGGGUUUUCGAUGUAUUGAUUCCUCUGACGGAGUCGGAAAGCAUUGAAGUACAGGGCAACAGUGCCGCAGCUCUAGGCAAUCUCUCAUCAAAAGUUGGAGACUAUUCGAUCUUUGUUCGUGAUUGGGCCGAUCCCAACGGAGGAAUUCACGGCUACCUGAAGCGAUUUCUCGCUAGCGGAGACCCUACUUUCCAACACAUUGCUAUUUGGACCCUGCUCCAACUGCUCGAAUCAGAAGACAAACGACUCAUUGGAUAUAUUGCGAAAUCAGACGACAUUGUCCCGAUGGUGAAGGCGAUCUCGGACAAGAACAUCGAAUCUGACGAAGAAGACGCUGAAGAUGGCGAAGGCGAGGUGAUUGCGCUGGCACGGCGAUGCCUCGAAUUUCUUGGGAACAGUCCCAAACAAACCCUAGUAGAGGGCUAAUAAUAUACCUUUCAUCCCGUCCUUCCUACAUACUUCUCUUUGUCCAUGGUUUCUGGCUUACCUAUGUCUCCGCCCUUUCUUCUCGUAUUUCUUUUCCCCAGCUGACAUUCCUUGUCAUUUCUUACCCUGAUAUACAUUGUCUUUUCCGUGUUACUGGUGUUGAGCGGGCAUUUGAUUCGGUGUGUAACUUCCAUUUCUGUCAGCGAGCAUUCGGUGUGAUAGGACUUUUUCUCUGCUGGGCUGGCUCAUCCUCUUCGGAUGUCGCUGUGAUUACGUUCUUAUAUCUGCGCAUAAUUAUGUAUUCGUGUUAGAGCAGAUCUGGAGUCUGUACUUGAAUGAUACCUAGAUUAAUGUACAUUCCCCGUUUUUCUAAGUGGGCUUGUAGACAGACUAGAGUAUGGAGGAGGAG